AUGCGGCGCUCAUCGAUGGCCCGGAACUCGCACUUAGAUCUCGUCAACGAGUUGUACAGAAAGAGCUUAUUCUUCGCGGUCUUCGGCGCGUCCGCCGGUGGCCACCAAUCGGGUUGCGAUCGCUUAGCACUCAUUCCUCAACUUCUUAACGGCUGUCGAAGAUGUCAUUUGUUGAGACAAUUGGUGGUCACACACAGACAUCACCUACAGGUCUGUCCACUCGUGAGCCAUCUGUCCACCAGAUUGUCUUCGGCGACCGCUUCAUCGACAGCGGCGACUCAGAUCAAGACAAACGAUUCCCGGUUCACGAAAAGUGGUCCCGAUUUGCAGCACUUUAUAAGACAGUCACAAGAAUCGGAUCCAAUUAGAUCCGAACCCUUUGUGGUGUCCAGAAGUUCGCCCAUACCUUACAUCGAUGAGCAUGUGUUGGAUGGACAGGGAGCUAAAGUAUUCAUCCGAACCUAUGGCUGUCAGAUGAAUGUAAACGACACCCAAAUCGCGACAACGAUUCUCAAGAACUCCGGAUAUGAUAUC